GCUUCAGUCGUGGGACGCGCAGCAUCAUUUGGUCAAAUACGCGGACUUGAAUCACUCCAUCAUUGAGCUGGCAGCAUGCUGGUGUAUCUUACUGUGUCGGCGUUUCUUAAAGACUGAAGUGAGAGGCUAGACUGAUUCAAGCUUGCGACCAGGAUGUUACGUGCACAGCGAUUGACUGAGAGUGUCGCUAUCUUUAUCCAUACAGUUUUGUAGACACUUGGAGAAUGCGUUAAGAUUAGAGCACAGUCGUGAACCUGCCAGUAUUUUAACAGAAGAGACCUUUUAUUCACACGCAACAGGGUUGACAGUUUCCUCCAAACAGAUAUGAACACCAACGAUGCGAAGGAAUACCUCUCCAGAAGAGAGAUACAACAACUGUUUGAGAGUCUGCUGACUGGUCUGAUGUACUACCGACCAGAUGAUCCCAUAGACUAUCUAGAGAUCUGUCUGAAGAAGGUGAAGGAGCUGGGUGGAACCGAUAAAGUCCGAUGGGACACAUUCGUUGGACAGGAGAAGAAGUCUUUACCACCACUCAAUGGUGGGCAAUCACGUCGCUCGUUUUUCCGAAAUGUUCUCCCAGACAGCCCCAACUUCCCCUAUCGGAGGUACGAGCGCCUGCCACCCAUUAACCAGUUCUCCAUUGAGAGCGACUCAGACCUGUCUGAGACAGCAGAGCUCAUAGAAGAAUAUGAAGUGUUUGAUCCCUCUAGACCCAGACCCAAAGUCAUCCUGAUCAUAGGUGGUCCAGGCAGUGGUAAAGGAACACAGUGUCUGAAGAUCGCCAAACGCUAUGGCUUUGAAUACGUGUCGGUGGGAGAGCUUCUCAGGAAGAAGAUGAUCCAUAAUGCCACCAGCAAUAGGAAGUGGAGUCUGAUUGCCAGGAUCAUCACCAAUGGGGAAUUGGCACCACAGGAAACAACCAUCACUGAAAUCAAGCAGAAGAUCAUGAAGAUUCCAGACGCCAGUGGUAUAGUGAUAGACGGCUUUCCUCGAGAUGUGGGACAAGCACUUUCUUUUGAGGACCAGAUCUGUACACCAGACCUUGUGGUUUUUCUGUCCUGCUCAAACCAACGUCUGAAGGAGCGUCUAGAGAAGCGUGAGGAGCAGCAGGGUCGCCCAGAUGACAACCCUAAAGCCAUCGAUCGACGCUUGACUAAUUUCAAACAGAAUGCCAUCCCUCUGGUCAAAUACUUUCAGGAAAAGGGCCUCAUCGUCACACUUGAUGCAGACCGAGAUGAAGAGGAAGUGUUUUAUGACAUCAGCAUGACAGUCGACAACAAGCUGUACCCCACCAAAGAACCUGUGGCAGGACCCAGUGAGCUUGAUCUCAGUUUGCUAGCAGACAGCAGCAGUCUGGCAGAUGUACCUACCAAAUUUGAUGAACAGACGGAUGAAGAGGUUUCAGGAUAUGCAGAGGCGAUUGCAGAAAGUUUUCCAGUGGAGACCAAGAAACCAAAGGUCAUCUUUGUGAUCGGUGGGCCUGGAUCAGGAAAGGCUCUUCAGUCUGAGAAGAUUGAGGAACGGUACAGUUUAAAACGCCUGUGUCCUGGGGACAUCCUCUGCAGUGAGCUACAGUCCCACAGCGAGAGAGGACGCUUUCUCCGAGACCUUCUAGAGAGAGGAGAACAGCUUCCCGAGGAGACACUGCUGGAGUUGUUGUGCGAGUCUAUGGUCACUGUGCGUCAAGGAAAGGGUUUCCUGGUCACUGGUUUCCCAAAGAACCUAAAGCAGGCGCUGGAGUAUGACGACAAGAUGGGGCAGCCCGACAUAGUGCUGUUACUGGACUGUUCUGCAGACGUGAUGAGCAGACGACUGAAGCAGAGGGCCAGCUGCAGUUUACACACUAAAGAAGCUCGAGACAGAGACACUCGCCGCAGGGUAGAUGGAUUCUGCAGCCUGAUCAAUCCACUGAUCAGUCACUAUGAACACAGAGAUAUUUUACACAAGAUUGAUGCUGAGCAGCCCCCGGAAGAUGUCUUUGAGCAGAUCUGUCUGGUCUUGGAUUCCUGUUAGGAUUCUACUGCCUCCCGGAGGAGACGGCCAUCACUUACAGCUCUACUGCAGGCUGACUCACAUUCAACAUUUACACACUACCGUUUAUCACAUGCACACUUGUGAAAACAGAGCUUCUGUGCGUCACGUGCACUUUGCGUCAACCAGCUGGCAACUGGCGAGCAUUAACUUCACAUCAUUCUCUGUAUAUACAAGAAUAUGAAAUCUUAUCAGUGGUAUACCAACUGUGUCCAUCUCUUGGUAUUGAGCAAUCAUGCUAUAGGCUUACGUUUGCUUUCCAUAUAAAGUGAUUCAUUGCCAUAAAAUAUAAUGUUUUGGUGUCUUUGGACCUUGUCAAUUAUUCAUAUUAACCUUGAGAAUGGGAAUGAGCACAAGGACGCCCACUGGAGAGCACUUUUAAGAGUUAAUUCCAUGCUUUAUAUUGUGCGAAGCAUGCCCGAACAGUAAUUUAUUGCCAUUGUAUAUUUAAUUGAAAGCAGAAAUGAAUGAACUGAAGGAGACACGCUUUGAAUACCAGAGGUACUGGGUAUAACGGAUUAGUGGAUGAAUUUCACAUUGAGGUCUGAUAAAUGUAUUCUUAUCAAGCAAAGUGAAAUAAAGGCAUUUCGUACA